AUGACAACCAACCUCCCCGAAAUCCUCCUCCUAUGCAUGGACACCGACUUCAUAGAAUCCUACAACACGGCCCUCAAAACCCACUGGCCAACCCACGACCCAACAACCCUAAAGAUAACCCCGAUAAACGAACGCCUAAACUCCCUCCCAGCUGACACAACCUUCGACCUAAUCGUAAGCCCAGCCAACAGCUACGGCCGCCUCGACGGCGCCUUCGACGCCGCAAUUUCCAGAACCUUCAGUCCGCGUCAUGACUACCACGCCCUGACGCGCGCUGCGCAGACCGUCCUCUACGAGAAGUGGCGGGGAUUUGCCCCGCCGGGGACUUGUACGCUUGUUCCGUUUCCUGGGGAGCUUAAGGGGAAUGCGUUUGCGUGUGAGUGGGUGGCGCUUUGUCCUACGAUGCGUGAGCCGGGGCCGGCGGGGUGGGAUCGUGAGGUUGUUUAUGAGUGUGUUUGGAGUUUGGUGGGGCAGGUUGAGGGGUGGAAUCGGGGGUUGGAGGGGAGUGGGAAGGGGAAGGGGAAGAGGAUUGAGAGGAUUCUUAUGACGCCUUUGGCGGCUGGUGUUGGGAGGGUUAGUAAGGAGAGGUGGGCGGCGCAGACGGUGCUUGCUUUGAAGCAUUUUGUUGAUGCGUUGGAGAGGCCUGAGAGGUAG